CAAACCUUCCGAUGAAGAUCUUCUCCCCUCUCGCAUGGAUGUGAAGCUGCAGAGUCUGCAAUGGGCUCCAGGUUAAAACAAAAUCCAGAGGGAACUUUUUAUUGGUUCUUCGAGGCCUCCUGCCCUAUAGCAAGAGACAAAGACCCGGGAGUCUUAUUCCAGUUUCCGGAAGACUUCAGUGAUGAGGAAUCCCUCCAGACCCUCCCACGGUUCUGCUUCCCCUAUGACAUAGAGAGGGUGAGGGAGAUUGUGGCAGUUCAGCACUUCACCUUCGUUCUCACUGACAUGGAGGGAUGCCAGCGCUUUGGAUUCUGCCGCCUGACAUCCAGCUCCAGGACCUGUCUUUGCAUCCUCAGUUACCUGCCCUGGUUUGAGGUGUUCUACAAACUCCUGAACAACCUGGCAGACUAUCUGACCAAAGGACAGACCAAUGAGAUGCGAGAGCUGCUGUCCAUCCUCUACAAACACCCGGUGCCAUUGGCCAACAGCUCUGUCACUCUGCAGCUGGGAGAGCAGCUGCAGAUCAGAACAGGGGAGGAGGAGCUGCCUCAUGGCCGCUCCCCCCUCCCGCCAGGCACGGGGAAAUCAGGGAUUCCUUACUUCAUCGCGCCUGACCCCAGGAGUCUGCCAUCCAUCCCUGAGAGUAGGAACCUGACGGAGCUGGUGGUUGCCGUUGACGUCAGUAACCUGCUCCAGCUCUACGCAAGCAUGCUGUUCGAGAGGCGGAUCCUCAUCAGCUCCAGCAAGCUGAGCACGCUGACAGCCUGCGUCCAUGCCUGUAGUGCCAUUCUCUACCCCAUGUACUGGCAACACAUCUUCAUCCCCGUGCUGCCUCCUCAUCUACUAGACUACUGCUGUGCUCCUAUGCCCUACCUCAUUGGGGUCCAUUCCAGUCUUAUAGAGACAGUGAGGAGCAGAGCUUUGGAGGAUGUGGUCAUUUUAAAUGUGGACACAAACACCAUGGAGUCUCCGUUUGAGGACCUGAAAAGGAUUCCUUCAGAUGUGAUGUCCCUGCUGAAGGUGCGGUUGAAGAAGCUGGCCGCAGUCCCAGGCUCGGGUGUGGCCCGGGCCUUCCUGAAGGCCCAGGCGCUGCUUUUCGGGGGGUACAGGGAUGCACUGCUGUGCACGGAUGGGGGACCAGUCACAUUCUGCGAAGAAUCUUUUCUGAACCAUAAGUCCAACAGCAUGAGACAGUUCCUGGAGAGUGCAGUCCACCUGCAGUUCUUCAAGCAGUUUAUUGAUGGCCGUCUGGAGGCGCUGAACAGUGGGAGGGAACCUAUGGAUCUGUUUGAGGAGGAAAUUCUUCAGUGUGGGGAGUCUGCAGGAGGCACAAAAUCCUACCAGCAGCUGGUGGGGAACUUGAAGAAAGGGGGCGGGGCUCUGAUUCACACAGUCAAGUCCAAGGCCGGCAUGUGCAAGUCUGCCAAAGCUCACGCCAAGUCCAGCUUGAGGAAUUUUCUCUCCCCUAAAGAGGAUGGAGAGCCUUCCUUGCUGUACAGAGGAGGCUCUCUGCGAUCAGACCCCCCAGGGACACAUGCACACCGCAGGGCCCAGUCUGACUGCCUGCAGAGCCGUCUGCCAAUCACACAGCACUUUGGCAGGUCUCGGCCCCGUCGCCCAGCCCGCAGGUACGCCGGCCGCCCGCAGGAGGAGACCCAGCCGCACACAAGCAACAACUGGACACCUGACUGGGAGGACGGGGCCGUGGAUGCGGGACAGAGCAGUGGCGACAGUGGGCAGCAGGAGGACUCUGUGGAUGAUUUCCUGCCGGACGCGGAGGAGCUGGACCUCCUCGGGGAGAUCUUUGACACACUCAGCUCCCGGAGCUCCCAUGAGCGCGGCCUGCUGUACGGCACCCGCAGCCUGGACCUGUUCGGCGCUGACUCCACCGACUACAUCUCUCGGAGGGACAUGACUGCCCCGAGCCAGGAGAGCCUGAACAACUCUGUUGGCAUGAGUGGGAGCCUCCUAAGCUGGGGGCAGGAGGAGGGGCCAGAUGAACCAGAGGAGGGGCCUGAGGGACAGGGGGAGGAGUCUGCAGAGCUGGGGGCGGGGUCAGAAGGACCAGAGGAGGGGCCAGGGAGAGCGGGGGAGGGGCCUCAAGGGCGGGAGGAGCAGAUAGAAGAGGAAGAGCUGGCAGGACAGGGCCAGGAAAAAGACAGGUGUCAGCAUGACAAAGCAAAGGAGUGUCAUCAGGAGGCGGGAGUAAAGGUGAUGGAUCAAGAGCAACAGGAGGAGACAGCUAAAGAGGAGCCGGAAGAUGAGCAGGACAAUCAAAGGGACAGCCAGCGUCAGGAGGAGAGCCCUGGCAAACACAGCCAACCGCUCCACCCAGAAGUCCUGACCCUGAACACAGAAGCAGAGACAGCCCCUGCCUCCUCCUCCUUUAUUGCCCAAGAUGAUCAGGCUUCUGGGGGCAGGGAGAGAGAGACGGUGGGGGAGGAGCCCCAGCUGAAGGGAGAGGAGUGCGGGAACACGCCCAAUAUCAACCCCAUCACACCCUCCCCAGCCAGCUGCCUCUCAGGGCCAAACCCUGAGGCGGAGGGAGGAGAAGGGGGCAACAGAUCCCCAAUGCCUAGGGUGCAGUCUGCCCUGGCUCUCUUUCAGGCGAGGGAGGGGAAGGCCUCGGCCAUCCCGGGACAGGCCUGGACUGCACCCGCACUGAAGAAGCCUGGCGGGGUCUGCAAAGGCGGCAACAUUGGCCAAAAGAAAAUCCCACAGGGCAGCAUCCCCCAGACAGCAGACAACUCUCCUGACAGCAGACCCACCCUCACUGACAGCCCCCCCAGGGUAAGGGACCCGGCCAAACCUGUCGGGACACCAGAUGCGGAAGCUCUCCCUGUUGGGGUGCACACAGACCCUGGCACCCCAACUGAAGAGGGCAACCUGCCCGCUGUGAAGGUGUCUGAGCUGAAGAAAAGAUUUGAGGCUUGAAACCUGUGCAUGUGUUUUGUGCGUGCCUGCCUGGUCCACCAGGAAGUAUGCCGCCCGACAGUGGCGUGCCACCUCUUCUCCACCGGUGACCCACAGUACACUCUGCCACCACUAGGUGGCUCUUUACACACCCCACAGGUUAACCAGUGACACAGUACAGUCUCCAGUCUAUGAGAGCAGCAAGCCAGGGGAUGGUGCUGGUAUCACUCUCAGCUUCAGCCCAGGGACUAACUGGACACAGUCUUUCCAGACAUCCUGGUUCUCUGGAGGGACUCUAAUCAAGAGCGAUGGACAAACUGGGCCACUCAAUCAAAUGUAAAGAGGCUUGGCCUCACCUCUCAACUUUUUUUUAAC